GGGCAAUGACCCCAUAUUCAAGAGGAGACGCUACUGCCCGACACGAUUUUCGGAUGGCAACUACGUUCUUACCUUUGGUUUGCAAGGAAAUAACCAGAUUGGGUUGAACGCCGUGGCCUUAACCAAUGUCCCGGCCAUCACCACGGCGAGGGGACAUUGCGAACUUUACCUCGGCCAAUGAGACAACCGGUGACGUACCGAAUGAUGUGCCGACACCACCUCGAAGAGGGCAAAGCAUCAGUAACGAUCCGACAACUAUAGAGAAAGUGCGGCAUAUUGUGCGUACCCAGUUUGACUACGAAAUCCUAUUGAAGCGGCACGAACUGCGCGCCAUUCGGCGACAGAUAACCAGAGGCGAGGAGCUUCUACAUCAGUUGCAUCAUAUCAUUAUCAAUGGUCCCUCAGCACCACCAAGUAGGCAGGCUUCUCCACAUCAAACAAGCGUCCACACUCGUAGUUCCGGACGACCUACCCGAACCCCCUCUACCCAAAACAAACUUUUGACGCAAGUCAGCGAUGUGCUUUAUUCUCGCAGGGACGAUGGCGCAUAUGUUAGACUGACGUGUCCCGUCUGUGGCCGGUGGGAAUUUGCAAAUAUGCAGGGAUUUCUUAAUCACUGUCGUAUCAAACAUCAAAUCGAAUUUCCAUCCCAUUCGGAAGCUGCACGAUCAUGUGGCACUGUUGUCGACGAAGGUGAAGUUCCCGCUGGACAUGCUGCCCGUCGGAUGCCCGUCAAACCGGUCGUAUUCGACAAGCCAACCAAUUUCGUAUGGGGCAUCUCCGCCUCCCUGGGCAGCCAGGACGAAGGGGAAGGGGAAUCUGCUGCUUCAACUACCGCUCCCACUGGUCCGGAAAAGCAGCAACCGAAGAUCAAUGUGUACGAGGAGGAUAUUGACAUGAUGGAUUUGGAAUAUUCAUCGCCAGCACUGAGUUCAUCAGCGCUGGUUCGCGAUGAUACCGGACUAGGCGGCGAAGUGGCUGAUGAAGCUGCGUGUGCAACACGUUUUAUCCGGACAUCCCCUACGGCUGUCCCCGGAAGAACACUCCCGUGGAAUGCGGGACUAGACGCUAGUCCUCGGCAAUGUGCGAAUGAGUAUCCGAUGACACAAAGUGCCAAGGGUGAUAAUGAGGCUGUUAAGGACGUUGUGCAGGUUUUCACAUCACCAGAAACCGGUGACAGAAUGUGGACAGACCAACCAGGAGACGCGACCACAAAGGGCGCAAUAGAGACUGUUAACACACAUUCUGGAAUGACUGACGGCUAUGGGAGUUCCGUAAGGAGUCCUGUGAAGCUGGAGUCAGAUGGGAUAAGCGAUACUGGCAAACCGUCAGACAACGAGGAACAUGAGGAGGAGAAGCCAAAUACAGAGACCCCUACCCCCUCUGGUCAUGGGCUGUAUCCAUCUCAUCUAGCAGUCGACGCGGGAUCCCGCUUUUAUGUAAAACGGCAAGUAGUUCUCGGCAAUGUAUCCCGAUUUAUUCCUACAGAAAAACGGGAGCCUGGGAUGGAGAAAUACGAAUUCAAAUGGAUGGUGUAUUUGCACGGUCCAACCACUAACGAGGACAUUACUCCAUUUGUACGGAAAGUGCGUUUCUAUCUUCACCCGGACUAUCGACCAUACGAUGUCGUUGAGAUUUCUGAGCCGCCUUUUCGAUUGACGCGGUAUGGAUGGGGUGAAUUUCCUGUCCGAUUACAGGUCUACUUUGUCGACGAGCGCAAUAAGCCAGUGGACUUUAUACAUAUUUUGAAGUUGGAUACAUCAAAAAGUGGGCGCCAGGUCCUUGGAACAGAACGGAUCAUCGAUCUUGAGCUAGAUCGUAACACUGAAUUUGCAGAGUCCCGUCAAAACAUGGUCGCUGACAACGCGAUGGACACUGGGACGUCGGAUGUCACACAGCCGGAAAAGUCCCCAAAGAGUGCUUCACCUUCGGCCCCUGCCACCGGUCACAGUGAAUCACUGGCCAUAACUGCCAAAGCUAUGAAUGAUUUGUUAGAGAGUGCUGUUGGUCAGUUUCCGAUCAUUAGACCUGUUGCAUCGGGCACCCGGCCAAAAUUGUCCUUGCCAUAUUCCACUGCACCGUCAAUAUCGGUAUACAUGUCUUGGCCCCUUGGAAAGAGGAAGGCGAGCGAGUGGCAACGUGCACGACUGCUUUUGCGACAUGUGCAAUCACAAUGUGAUACAUAUCAGGGCCAAAAGCUGACCGUUAGAGACGUUAUGCAUUGGUGCCGUGACAACGGACACAAUCCCACUCCCCAAGUUCGGCGAAAAGCGAGGAGCGGAUCUCCUCCAGGACCGAGUCAUCUUCGUGAUGUAGUGACGGCUAUUCAGUACUGUCGAUAUUGUGGCGUCGCCGGAGCCCACGAUGGGGCGUUCGAUGACUGUAAAUGGCGACCCCGGAUGUGGAGGAGUCGCGUGUGGAGCCUGUCAAGGGCAGAUGAUUUGCUGCGGGGUCUAGAUGCGAGCGGCGAGCGACCAGUUGAAGAAGCCGAUAUGGAUAUCGUAAUUGACAGCAUGCGCGAUCCUUCCGAUGCCAUGGCUCAUAAUGGUGCUAAUACUUCAAUGACAAGGCGGUGGUAUUCGAAUCACCAUCCCACUGCGAGCCAACAAGAAAUAGAUUGGAUUAGUCGGACGGUCGAGCAGUUGAGGUUACCUGCAACGUUUGGGCAAACAGAAACUGAGAAGCGCAUAGCGUAUGGUCUAAUCUUUCAGGUCGCAAAAUCCUUUUUGCGUCGUUUACUGGAAAAUGCCAUUGACGUCUACCGGAAUGAAGCUGUCACGAGCGUAUCUUCAGAGGGUGACCAAGAGAAGACCGAUACCCGUGAGCAUCGAUCUGCGCCAUUCACAAAAAUCCUUGUUCCUCUUCAUCUGUACAGAGCAUUGGUUGACACAGAGGAAUUUGAUUUUCUUACUGGCGCAGGGCUGGCUCGUUAAAAAAUAUUUAUUUUGCUUUUACUGUACUAAACAGACAAGGGUAUAUAGCAAAGGAUUUUCAAGUAAAUAGAACUAAUGCAUAUUUGGUCGGAUGCCACACAUAAUAGUAUCAAGCGUCGUCGCCUGCUGCCAAUUGAGGAUGAGCGGCAAUUGGCUUCAUUUCUUGCCAAUA